GCUUCCUCAUGGUUUCACGGGACAUUUGAUCUUUUCCUCUGUGUAUUUUUCUGUGGAGAAUGACAAUCAAAAACUUUGCAAUUGAAUAUGAUGCCAUCAACAGCAGAAACACCUUCACAAAUGGAGAUACCGUUAAUGGGAGAAUCAUAGUGGAGGUUUCUAAGGAAACAAAAAUCCAGGCUCUUGUUUUUAUAGCACAAGGAAAGGCUCGUGUCCGUUGGACUGAACAUUAUGGACAGCACCACACUCAUGUGUACUGGGCAGAUGAGAAAUAUUAUGAUAUCAAACAUCAUAUCCUGAGAGAGUCGAGACAAGACGGCACUGAAAUCAUUGGCAAAGGAAGACAUGUAUUUCCCUUUUCCUUCCAAAUUCCUGAAAGGAAGAUUCCAUCAACAUUCAAAUCCUCCAUCGGCAAAAUUGUUCAUAAAAUGAAGGCAGAACUCAAACAAUCAAUGAAGCUGACAAAAAAGGCAAAAAUCCACUUCACAUUUGUGUCCAAAGCAGACAUGGAUAUUCCCGGCCUUAUGGAUCCUCAGUAUGGUUGCAAAGACAAAUCUGUCAAAGUUUUUGGUUCAGGAAUGGUUUCAAUGGAUGUUCACACCAAGCGGAUGGGAUACAAGCAAGGAGAGCCUAUCAAAGUUACUGUUGAUGUCAGCAACCACUCCAGUCGUUCAGCGAAGCCAAAAUUCAUCCUGUACGAGAAGCGGAGUUUCUUUGCCCAGGGUCGCAGGAGAGUUUGCACAAAUGAGAUCCUAAAGGAGAAGACAGAGGCUGUUGAAUCCUCUAAGACAGAGACUGUGACUAAGGUGAUCACAGUCCCUAGAGAGCUACCUCCCUCCAUCUUGAACUGCUCCAUCAUCAAGCUGGAGUACAGGCUGAAGAUCAAUCUAGAUGUCAAAUAUGCUUCAGACCCAGAGAUCAAACUCCCCAUAGUCAUCUUACCUUCCUCUGAGGUUCCUGCUGUGAAACAACCUCCUCCUGCUGGACCUGGAUUUGAAGCAUUUGGGAACCCAAACCAAGCACACUGGAGCAUGGCACCACAACCACUACCAGCACCCCAAGGUCUGGAUCCCCCACCUCCUUAUGGAGCAUAUUCAGUGUACCCCUCAUAUCCUGAUUAUAGCAAAUAACAGUUAACCAUUAACAAUGCAAACAAGGCUACAGAGGCCUGGUAAGCUCACUUCUCUCUAACUCCACUGCCACAGAUUUCUUUGCUUUUUUGAACUUGUAGUCUUUAGCCCCAAAGUUUUCAUGCAGCUCCCUCUGGAGAUUCAAAAGUUAUUGACUUUUCAGCUGUGUUGUGUAGCUGAUCCACUGCAAACCAUGUCUUUCAGUUUAAAAUGUUUACUUACAGUUCUGCAGGAGCAGAAAUCCAGCAAUUACCUGCAAGUAGAAAUUAGCCCCUUUUACACAGAGAUUGUGUUAUAUGGUCACAUGCCAAGUCCCAUGCCCUGUUUGCAGUUUUACACAGACCCAAACAAUGGCGACAUCAUACUGCCCCAGAGUGUAAUUUUAGACAGCACGGCGGCAUAAAGCGAAACAGACGUGACAGGCAUGACGUGUAACACAACAGCGUCAGCCUCUGAUGUGAUAUACUGUAUAACAACAAGUCUGCAGCGCUUUCUAAAAAUAACAAUGGCACAACAGGGCAAUAACAAUCAUUUACCAUCUCUGUUAUAUGUUGGCUGAUCUCCCCCUCUGGUUAAAGGGUUUUAUUUUUAGCUGUGUAACAGAAAAUUAUUUUAAAGUUUCUAUUUUGUGUCAUAAUAGUGACCAUGUGAUUCUUGGUCAGUUCCUAGUCAUGUUUAUGCCAUUUGUUUUACUGUGAAUUUCAGUGUUAUGUUCAUCCUACUACAUUAUCUGCUGGCUUGGAAUCGCAUGCAACAUUCAGAGCAUAGCUUUGAGUCUGAGGCAGGAAUAUAGCACACACUUCUCAAUAUGGAGGUGGCUAACUUGGCAGCUAGCAGCUAACAGUGCUAACUCAAUAAACAGUGCUAACUGAAACACUGCUUACAGAGCUAAUAUUGUUAAACUGAGGGGAAACCGUGAGCUGCUGCAAUGGCACUGUCCCAAUACCAGUGGUAACCACCAUAUGAACGUAGAUCAGAGCAGGAGUGACUAGCUAGCCAGUGGGACACACACACAUGCACUUGCCGACAGACACUGUGCCACAGCAUAACGUAGAUUACAACACACAGAGACAAAGCGUGACUUCAGUUGUUUGCUGCUGUAUUAAUGUUCUGGAUGCCAUAUGCAGCUCCUGUAAAUUAAUAUCACCUCAAGGACAAGGUGAAACCGAACUACUGUUGAAUAAACAUAUAGGGACACUGUACAUUUUUCAGUUGAUACAUGAUGUUUUGUGAAGUUAUACAUUAUCUCAGUAUCUGGGACAUAUACCUUAUAUAUUUUUUUAAUCAAAUAAUACUAAAGUGAUGUGGCUGUAUAUUUAUACCUGUACAAAUUUGCAUUGAACAGUAAAGCUGCCUAUAGCCCACUG